UACCACACCAAAUAGCAUUUGCGUUACAACCUAUUUGUCAGAAAAAACUCUGAAAUUCCUUUGUCUUCUACUCCUUUUCUCUCUUUAAAACCACUAGUCAGUCUUUUGUUCUUCUCACUCUAAGUUUGUUUGCAGAUCUUGUAAUCACUUAAGAAUUUUGGUCAUGGGUUUAGUUGAGAGAGUUAUGUUUUUCAUGGCUUUGGCUGUUUUAUGUGUUGCUUCUUCAACUGCUGAAGUUUACAAGGUUGGUGAUGAUAAGGGAUGGACUACUCUUACCCCCAUUCCUGAUUACCAAAAAUGGUCUUCUUCUAAAGCCUUCAAAGUUGGUGACUCCAUCGUUUUCGAGUACCCACCACAGAUCCACAACGUGGUCCAAGUAAACUACACAGACUACAAGAACUGCAACGCUGCAUCACCAAUCAGAACCUUCACCUCCGGCAAAGAUACAAUCCCAAUCAACCGCAAGGGACACUACUGGUACAUUUGUGGAAUUCCCGGCCACUGUGCUAUGGGACAGAAAGUUGAUAUCAGGGUUGUUACUCAUGUAACUCAAACUCCACCUUCAACACCAACAUCUUCUUCUCCUUCCGCUCCUACACCUUCUUCAGGACCUUCACCAUCUGCACCAGCUCCUUCACCAAAGAAAAGCAGUGCUGUGACUAUUUCUAAGGGUCUCAUCGGAAAGUUUGCUUUCGUCGUUCUUGCAGUUGUAGCUGCUGUUGCUUACUAGGUUCCAUUUUUAUGAUGAGAGACAUUAAUUUGCUGCUUUAAAUUUUUGUUUUGAUUGAUAUGGUUUUUGCUUUUUCGGUUUUACUUUCUGUGACUAGUAUCUACACGUUGUUAUGGUCUUAACUGUGACAAUUGUGUUUUAUUACUGAAUCUGAAUCUGCUAUACUUGUGGUUUUUUCAA